AAAAAUUGGAGUAGACCACAUGAAGACACAUGUGAAGUCUAUUUUUAUGCAAGAUGUUGUUUGGAGGACCAAGUACACUUCUUCAGGCCAUGGGAGAUGAAGGACUAGUCCCAUCACACUUCUGUCCUGUCCAAGAGCUGUUCUGUGCUAAGCCAGCGUUGGCUCCUGUGAAGGACACAAGCUGAUUUCUCCACGUCAGCAUGUCGGCUGUGACGAGCGCUCAGAGGCCAGAGGAACCUAAUCCUCCUCCCCUGGAGGACAAACCAAAGGGAAAGUCUCUGUUCCACUGGGGUUCACUCUUUGCUAACAGGAGUGAAAAGUUUGUGAUUGCUCGGAGCGACAGCGUGCCCGAGGAGAAUGUCCUGAAAAUAACCAUCACAGAGACCACGGUCAUCGAGUCAGACCUGGGCAUCUGGAACUCUCAUGCUCUCAUCUACCUCACCUUGUGGUUUUUCUUCAGCUUCUGCACUCUUUUUCUUAACAAAUACAUUCUCUCGUUGCUGGAAGGAGAGCCCAGCAUGCUAGGUGCUGUUCAGAUGCUUUCAACCACCUUCAUUGGCUGUAUAAAAAUGUUUGUUCCAUGCUGCUUGUAUCAACACAAAACUCGCUUAUCUUAUCCACCCAACUUCAUCAUGAUAAUGCUGUUUGUUGGGUUAAUGAGAUUUGCAACAGUUGUCUUGGGUCUCGUCAGCCUGAAAAAUGUGGCAGUUUCAUUUGCAGAAACUGUUAAAAGCUCUGCACCUAUUUUUACUGUUAUCAUGUCUCGGAUGAUAUUAGGAGAAUACACUGGGUUGCUGGUUAACCUCUCUCUCAUUCCUGUGAUGGGUGGGCUGGCUCUGUGUACAGCUACUGAAAUCAGUUUUAACAUUCUGGGUUUCUCAGCAGCUUUAUCCACUAACAUCAUGGACUGCUUGCAAAAUGUCUUUUCCAAAAAACUACUCAGUGGAGAUAAAUACAGAUUUUCAGCCCCAGAGCUCCAGUUCUACACAAGUGCUGCUGCAGUGGUUAUGCUUAUUCCAGCUUGGAUAUUUUUCAUGGAUGUGCCUGUGAUUGGAAAAAGUGGGAGGAGCUUCAGCUACAACCAAGAUGUUGUCGUACUGCUCUUAAUAGAUGGAGUCUUGUUCCACCUACAAAGUGUUACAGCCUAUGCCCUGAUGGGAAAAAUCUCUCCUGUGACUUUCAGUGUUGCCAGCACCGUGAAGCACGCGCUGUCCAUCUGGCUCAGCAUCAUCGUCUUUGGCAACAAGAUCACCAGCCUCUCAGCCAUUGGCACUGUUCUGGUCACAGUUGGAGUUCUGCUCUAUAACAAGGCCAAGCAGCAUCAGCAAGAGGCUAUACAGAGCCUGGCAGCUGCAGCCCCACAGGCUGCACAGAGUGCACCAGAGGAUACUGAGCCACUCAUUCCCAAGGAUCUGGAACCAUAUGAUUAGUGUGGCCAUUUAUUCUUCCACCCCAGUGUAACCCAAAGGAGCUCUCCCUGGAUGUGGUUGUUCCUACAGCUGUUGAGACCGGUUUGGUUCCUUUUUUGUGUCUGGCAGGUCAAGCCUGGGACUUGAAGCAGAGAGAAAACAAAGGGAGGAAUCCACUAAGC